AUGGACGUAGAUCAACUUAAGCCAAUUCCCGGUAUCCCUUUCCCCGAAUACUAUGAAUUCUUCAUGGAUUGGAAAACACCUGUAGCCAUCGCUACCAUCUAUGCCCUUACUGUGCAUCUUCUUAACCCUUCAGCUGAAUCUGCUAAGCUUUCUCGAGUGGAAGCCAAGAACCGUGGUGUAAACAAUGCUACCAAGUCAAGCAAGUUGAUGACUGCAUUUGUCUUUGUCCACAACUUGAUUCUUUCUAUUUAUUCUGGUGUCACUUUUAUUAGUAUGGCCAUGAACAUGCACAAGCUUUUCAACCGUGGUUCAUCUAUUCAUGAUGCUUACUGCGAUAUGGAUGGCUUUUUAUGGAAUGAAGGUCUUGGUUACUGGGGUUACCUCUUCUAUCUUUCCAAGUUUUAUGAAGUAAUUGAUACUGCUAUCAUUAUCAUGAAGGGUCGUCGUUCUUCUCUUUUACAAACCUACCAUCAUUCAGGGGCUAUGAUUACUAUGUGGUCUGGUAUCCGUUAUCAAGCUCAACCUAUCUGGAUCUUUGUUGUCUUCAACUCUUUGAUUCACUCUAUCAUGUACAUGUAUUAUGCUAUGACUUCCAUUGGCCUCCAUCCUCCUGGAAAGCGUUAUUUGACUAGUAUGCAAAUCUCUCAAUUUUUGGUUGGUAUGUCUACUGCCGUCAGUUACUUGAUUGUUCCCAACUGUCUCAAGACUCCUGGCCAACAAUUCGCUGUUGCUGUCAAUGUUGGCUAUCUUUUGCCUCUUACUUAUCUCUUUGUUGACUUUGCUCGCAAGACAUAUGGUAACCGUAAGGCCAAGAAGACUGAUUAA